AUGGAAGAGUUCUCCCUUCGGGGGCAUCGCGCUCUCGUCACCGGCGGAAACCAAGGCAUAGGGCUCGCUCUAGCCGCUGGCCUUGCUCGAGCGGGAGCGGACGUCGCAGUCUUUGACAUCUCGCCUCCCUCGACUGAAUUCGAAAGCAUCUCCACCUCCCACGGCAUCCGCACGGCGUAUCGCAUGGUUGACGUCUCGUGUGUUCCCGCUCUGAAACAUGCCUUCGAAGAUACAAUCAAGCCAUUUUGCGGCGCCGGCGGUCUGGACAUCUGCAUCGUAGCGGCGGGGAUCAACCAAGUCAAGGACUUCCUCGACACCGAAGAAGCGGACUUUGACAAACUGAUAAACGUCAACGUCAAAGGCGUGUAUUUCACCUGCCAACUAGCCGCGCAGACAAUGGAAAGCAAAAGCAAAAGCAAAAGCAUUAUCGUAAUAGCCAGCACGGCGUCUUACGUUGCGGCUCGGACGCACAAUUCAAGCAUCUACGGCGCGACCAAGUCCGCCGUCCGGGGAAUGGUACCUGAGAUAGCCAAGGAACUAGGAAGGAGUGGGAUUAGAAUCAACUCGAUCAGCCCCGGGUACACGUUGACCAACAUGACGAGGGGAUAUCCGGACCUUAUAAAGCAGUGGCAAAGCGACACCAUGUUGGGAUUCAUCGGCAUGCCCGAGGACUACGUCGGCGCGUCGCUCUACCUGGCCAGCAACGCAAGCAGAUAUGUGACUGGGCAGGAUUUUUUGAUCGAUGGCGGGUCCACGAAGUGGUGA